CUAAAUUGCUUGCUCUUUAACUAAUGGAGGCCGCAAUAAUCAACUUCGUUUCUUUCACCCUUUUUCUUUGUUUCUUCUUCAUUUUAGUCCAUAAACGGUGGAAGAAGAAGGCAAAUCCCCUGCCGCCAGGCCCGUGGAAGCUGCCGAUCGUCGGGAACUUGUUCCACUUGGCCGGCUCAUCACUGCCCGCCCACCGCCUCCUUAGCGAUUUAGCGAAAAGGCACGGCAGCGCGUCGGGCCUCAUGCACCUCCAAAUCGGAGAAGUGUCAGCGGUGGUGGUGUCGUCGAGUGAGAUGGCGAAAGAGUUCCUCAGAACUCACGACCUGGUUUUCGCGAGCCGGCCGGAAAUCUUGAGCAGCAAAAUAAUCCUCUACAAUUGCUCCGACAUUGUGAUGUCCCCGUACGGUGAUCACUGGAGACAAAUGCGCAAAAUAUGUGUGAUGGAGCUCCUAAACCCCAAACUUAUCCGCUCCUUCAGCUCCAUCAGAAGCGAUGAGAUCCAUCGGCUGUUGACUCACGUCCGGUCAUCUCUGGGGAGUCCGGUCAAUCUGUCUGAGAGAAUCUCCUUGUUUACCAGCUCCCUUAUAUGCAGAUCGGCAAUGGGUAGGGUAUUCAGUGGGAGAGAAGAUUUAAUUGAGCUAGUGAACGAGAUUCAAUUCUUGCUAGGAGAAUUCGAGUUUACGGAUGUGUUUCCCUCAUUGAAGUUUCUUCAAGGAUUCUGCGGCAACAGGAAUAAGAUCGUAAAAGUUCAUCGUAAAACAAAUGCAAUUAUCGAGAACAUCAUAAAACAACACGAAAAGAACUUAGAAAGUGGCAACAAGGGAAGUGGUGAGUUGGGUGGUGACGAUUUAAUUGACGUCCUCAUCAAACUUGAGAAAAACGGUGGCCUUCAACUGCCUAUCACCCACGACAUCAUCAAAGGCAUCAUCAUCGAUAUAUUUGCAGGAGGAACAGAGACAUCUGCAACGACGGUAGUGUGGGCAAUGUCGGAAAUGAUGAAAAAUCCUAGGGUGCUUGCCAAAGCGCAAGCCGAGGUGAGAGAAGCCUUUAGAGGGAAAGAGAAGUUGGAGGAGGAUGACAUUGAACAAUUAGAAUACCUAAAGUUGGUGGUCAAAGAAACAUUUAGGUGUCAUCCUCCGGCUCCCUUGUUAGUUCCCAGAGAAUGCAGAGAAGAAACUGUGGUCUGCGGAUACACCAUCCCAAAGAGGGCUAGAGUGUUGAUUAAUGUGUGGGCGAUUGGCCGGGACCCUCAAUACUGGGAAAACCCUGAUAACUUUACACCCGAGAGAUUUGACAACAGCUCAAUUGAUUUCAUGGGAAAUCACUUCCAAUUUUUACCUUUUGGUGGUGGAAGGAGAAUAUGUCCCGGACUUGUAUUUGGUUUGGCCAACACUUUGUCUCCUUUAGCACACUUGCUCUACAACUUUGAUUGGAAGCUGCCUGCUGGAGUUACAGGUGAAACAUUGGACAUGACAGAGAGGCAUGGAUUGGCUGUAGCAAGAAACAAUGACCUUUUCUUGAUUCCUACUACUCCUGUAUGUUAAUUCAUACACUAAUAU